AUGAAGGUGCACCAUGGGAGGGGACCGCGGCGCUAUUACGAACAGGAAGGUCGUGGAUUGGAUAUUCACGUACUUGAAGCCACUACCUACACUCGGCUGAAAGAGCAAGGACUUUGUGAUCGUGGAAUUGUGCCAGACUUCCUAGGUUUUAUGAGGAAGUUUGACCCUAGCCUAUGCCAGCCUCACUUAAGGAAGUUUCUCGACGACGAAUACCCGCCUAGCGCUAUAUUCCUCGAGUACAUCACCAGUCUGGGGAUGAUCAACUUGCGAAAUUACACGCCGCAACGGGUGAACAAUCUCCUAAAGGGUAUUCGCCAAAUACAUAAAACGCAGAGAGUCGUUUGGCUAGAUUUUGAUCGAGCGGAGACAUACGAUAAAGACCAUAUUACCGUGCGAGAAGAUGACCUCAUCAAUGAGGAAGAAGCAAUUGUCAUGGAAUUCAAAGAUGCCAUAGCUGUUGAUAUCGUCAAAGGGAAGUUUGAUGAAACAUAUUUGUUUUCCUUCGGCUCAUGA